UGUUUUUUUCGUCUCCCCUUUUGAUUCACUCAGCUAAGGCCAGUCUCAACAACUGGCAGCGGGAAUACUUGUGUGCUCAGGGCUCGUUGAGUGGUUAAAUUGCUACUGUCUCUACUAUUAUUGUUUUACUCAUACUUUCCAGAUGGUGACUUUCACAUCACCCCCGAAUUCAAUAGCAAUCUUGUCGGGCUAAUCUAAUGGACAUCAGGGUGAUGAUGAUGGAGAGGAACAGGUACGACAGUGAGCAGUCCUGCUGCAGCACCUUUGAGUACCACGACCUGGAGGCCGCCGAGGCGCUCGUCAGCAUGAGCUCCUGGCGUCAAAGGUCAGCAAACCACAAGCCACGCCCCCUGACACCUACCUCUGACUCCUGCGACUCUCUCCUCCUACACCCUGAGAGCAUGGAGUCCCCCAAGGAUCUGAUCGCACUCUCAUCACUGUGCAUGACCCCCCCUCAGAGCCCCAUUUUUGCCGAGACCUCCACCUCCACAGCUGUCGUCACCACCACCACCACCUCAUUGGCCAGCUCCAGCUCAGGCCCCAGACCAGUCUUAACCCGGCCAAGACUUUGUGCAGGUCUGCCCCACAGGAAUGCCCCUCUCCUGGGCCAACAACUUGGCACGGCCCCCCUCUUAGAGAGCUCUGGAGCUCAAGAGCUAGCCAGCAGAGCCAUGGUGACCAGCGUUAUCCGUCACACUGCUGACAGGGCCCUCUCACAGCACAGUGUCAACAUUCCACCUCAGUCCCUCAUAGGGAUACAGCACACCUCCUCCAACAGAAACCCUACAGCAGCCUCUUUGGCCGAGACCAUUCCCAUGCAGACUGAACCACAAAGCUGCAACACUGGUCCGUGUGUUAAGGUAGAGAAGGACGUUAGUCCAUCCUCACCUGACAGCAGCACAGGCCAAUUCACUCCUCUCACUGAAAGUUCCCCAUCCCAGGCCACAGCCAUCUCCCGGUCCUCGCUCCCCAUCCAAAGCUCCCAGGUCCUCUGCCAGGUGUUUCCAGUCAGUGGGCGGACAGGGAUGAUCUCUGCGUUUGUCCAUCAGGGUCCGGUCCAGAUGCAGACCCAGGGGGGGCCCAAGCCAAUACUAGCCCAGUCACCAUCCUCCUUCCCCCAGUCGCUGCAGCUGGUGGGCUCCUCAGUGACUCGCGGGACGGUGAUGUUUGUGGUUCCCCAGUCCCCUGUUUCCCAGGCCUCGUCAUGCCAACAGACUGUCAUGACCCUCGGGAACACCAAGCUCCUGCCCCUGGCCCCAGCUCCAGUUUACAUGCCCUCAGGGCAGAGUAGUAAUGCCACACAAGCCGACUUCUCCCGCAGACGGAACUAUGUCUGUAACUUCCCCGGCUGUAAGAAGACCUACUUCAAAAGUUCCCACCUCAAGGCCCAUCUCAGAACUCACACUGGUGAGAAACCAUUCAGCUGCCACUGGGAGGGCUGCGACAAGAAGUUUGCGCGCUCCGACGAGCUCUCCCGCCACCGGCGAACACACACCGGCGAGAAGAAGUUUGUGUGUAACAUGUGCGAUCGGCGCUUCAUGCGCAGCGACCACUUGACCAAGCAUGCUCGCCGACACAUGACCACCAAGAGGACCGCCACGUGGCCGACUGAAGUCAACAAGAUGGCGGCAUCUAAGGGUCCGUCGAGCGGCUCCAGCCUUCCUCUCAGUGUGCUGGUCCCUUCCCCUAAUUAGCUGGGUCUCAGGCCGUACGGUCAUCUCAGGACAAUAUACCACCACCAACCACAAGACCAGGGGUUUAAAUUAAACAAAAACUAUAGGCUGCUACUCAUUCAUGGACAGAGACAAACUGACCUUGCACUGGAUUUUUUAAUUAUGCUUGUUUUGUACUUUCGAUCUGUAAUAUGUAUACAGUAUGUAAUGUUUAGCAAAAUGUAUGCACUCUUUUUGCCAAAGCCUUUGCAUCGUGCUUUUCUGUUACUAUUUGUCUCUGUGAUUAUAAAUAUGUAUAUAUGAAUAUCUAUAUAUGAAUGUUACGUGUAUUCCAAUCUGCAUUUAUUGAAUAUAUGUUAUUGAUAUUUUAAAAUGUGUCAGUGGACAUUAUACCUCACUGUGAUACUACCUACUUUCUUGCUUUGCAUAUAAUUUAAUAAACAUUUGUCUUAAAAAGUGCUGUUAGCUUGAUUGUUUUUUAAAUUACAGAUACAGUAUAUUAUUACUUAAUAAAUACUUUAUAAAGCCUCACCAUACUAAUAAUAUGAGUAAUCCAUUUAUGAAUGAAUUCUAUAGAUAUGACAUGGUCACAUUUUUUGAAGUGCUGUGCCAAUGUGUAGUUUUACUAGCUUUCAAUGUAGGCAAUUGUAAUUAUUAUGAGUCCCAUUGUUUUUUCCCAUAAUAAAAUACAAAAUAAAAUACACCAGUAAA